AUGGCGAUAAUCGAAUUGGCACACAUCACGCUCAAAAACGGCAUCCAGGCCACCGACCCGCAACUCAAGAAAAACCUCAAGGAAGUCAAAAGAGUGAUUGAAGAGUACAGCAAAUUACAGACCCUAUUCUACACGCAGAUCGAUGACCCCUCGGUCCUGUUCGUGAUCGGGGCCUGGGAGACCAAAGACCAUCACCAACACGGCUUCGACGGGUCUCCCCAACAAGCCGAGAUCCUCAACCUGAUCAAGGACCAGAUGGGCAUCGACUGGAUGCACUACAUCGACGUGGACCAGUCCCGGAUCCCGCUCGACGCCCCCGUGCUGGCCAUCAUCCGGGAAACAUUCGCCAAACACGGCGUCAUCCGCACACAGUUCGACCAGGAAUUCGCCUCGCAGACCUCGAGUUUGGGCGGGGCACGGUACGGUGCCGUCUCGGCCUGGAACAUCCACAAGGACAACAAGGAGAGAGAUGUCCGAGUCAAUUUCUCUGGGUGGGAGAGUGUCGAGGAGGGCACGGCGGCGUUUGUCAACACGAUCGAGCACAUCAAGGGGUUCCGGGCCAGGCCGACCGACCUGAAUUUCUUCUUUGCGACGCGGACGGAGCUGGAUUGA